UGGUUGCAGGUUGACUCGUUCGCGCAUGCGCUGGUGCUCGCCGCGCAGGAAGUGAGGCAGGCGGUACGCGGUACGUGAGCGGAGCGGUUGGCGACGAUGAACAGCCGGUUGCAGGAGAUCCGCGAGCGGCAGAAGCUGCGCCGCCAGCUGUUGGCUCAGCAGCUAGGAGCUGAAAAUGCAGAUAAUAUUGGAGCAGUUCUAAACAGCAAGGAAGAACAGAGGGAGAUUGCUGAAACAAGGGAAACUUGCAGGAGCAGACUAUUCUGGGCAACUUAUGACACAUCAGCCUCAAUUACAAAGCGCAGGCUUCCAGAAGAAGGGGAAGCCAGUGAAGAAGAAUUUGAAGAAUACAAAGAUGAAGUUGUGGAAGAGGAGGAAACAGAAAUGCAAUACAAUGAGGAAAUAUACAAAGAUUCCAGCACCUUUCUAAAGGGUACACAGAGCUUAAAUCCACACAAUGACUACUGCCAGCAUUUUGUAGACACUGGUCAUCGCCCCCAAAACUUCAUUCGUGAUGUAGGCCUUGCAGACAGAUUUGAAGAGUACCCUAAACUUCGAGAGCUGAUCCGGCUGAAGGAUGACUUAAUUUCACAAACUAACACUCCGCCCAUGUAUUUGCAGGCUGACCUGGAGUCAUUUGACAUUAGAGAACUAAAGUGCAAAUUUGAUGUUAUUUUGGUGGAGCCACCCUUAGAAGAAUAUUACAGGGAAACUGGGGUAACAGCUAUUGAAAAAUGCUGGACAUGGGAUGAUAUAAUGAAGCUAGAAAUUGAAGAAAUUGCAGCUCCACGAUCAUUUGUCUUUUUGUGGUGUGGCUCUGGGGAUGGUUUGGACCUUGGUAGAGUGUGUUUACGUAAAUGGGGAUUCAGACGUUGUGAAGAUAUUUGCUGGAUCAAAACCAAUAAAGAUAACCCUGGGAAAACCAAAACCCUGGACCCAAAAGCAGUUUUCCAGCGAACAAAGGAACACUGCCUAAUGGGUAUCAAAGGGACGGUUCGCCGAAGUACGGAUGGCGAUUUUAUCCAUGCAAAUGUAGACAUUGAUCUUAUUAUUACAGAAGAGCCUGAGAUUGGGAACCUUGAAAAGCCUGUGGAAAUAUUUCAUAUCAUUGAACAUUUCUGUCUGGGACGAAGAAGAUUGCACAUUUUUGGAAGGGAUAGCACAAUAAGACCAGGAUGGUUAACUGUGGGACCUAGUCUUACAAACAGUAACUUCAACGCUGAAACCUACAGCUCCUACUUCACUGGAACAAAUGUACAUCUGACUGGUUGUACAGAAGAGAUUGAGAGACUUCGUCCCAAAUCACCACCUCCAAAAUCUAAAUCUGACCGAGGAGGUGGAGCCUCCAGAGGUGGAGGAAGAGGUGGCCCUUCAGCAGGACGUGGAGACAGAGGCAGGGAAAGAAACAGAGGGAAUUUUAGAGGAGAGAGAGGAUUCAGAGGCCGAGGGGGCGCUGCCCAUCGAGGAUUUGCUCGGUGAUGACAGUUUUCUUUUCUAAUUUAGGAGUGCAGUUUCAGAAUCUAAAUCUGCGCCACUUUUCUACUUUUUUAUAUGUGUAUAUAUUAAACCAUGGAAUAAAAGAUCUGCAGUAAUAAAAUGUACACCAGCAAUAUGUUCAGUGAAAAUGGUUUUGCAGUUUGGGCACAAGUUUAUCUUGUAACGAACAAAGUGCAGUGCAAAUGCCUUUAAAUGUGGUAUUGUACAUUCAGGUUGUUUACUGGUUUAAAAUUGAUUGCAAUUUUUUUUAAAGCCUGCAAUAUCUCAAUUUGUGUAGCAUUUAAAGUUUAGUAUUUUUAACUUUUAAGCGUUGGAUUUUGUCACUUUUUAGUGACACAAUUGUAGAUUGAGUUCUUAAAGAGGUGCUGAAUAAAAGGCAGUUCCUGCAAAACUGACUUGGAAGCAUUGAUUCAAAUAUAAAGUAAUAUUCUGUAACCAUUGGAGUCAGCAUCUUGUUUCCUAACCAUUGCAUCUGCUUGAGCCUGACCGUUGGAAUCUGCCAAAUUGCAGAGUAAAAAAAAGAUCAGUUUAUUCAGCUGCACAUGUCUAAUGUUCCAGCUUUUACACUGCAUUUGUAAAUAUAUAGUUCUAAAAUUUGUUGUGCAUCAAUUUUUUUAAUAGCACAUCACUUUCGUAAGCAGAUUUGUGCCCAGUAAUAAUAAUUGGAAUUAUUUUGCAUCCAGACCUUAGACAGGAAACUGAAGCAAGAUGCCAUUUGUUGCCAUCUUUUUAAAUGUUUUACUUUUUGAUUUUUAUCUCUUUUCCAUUUUUGUUGUUGUUUUGAACUAAUUACUUUCAUUGAAUGCAAUCUAUACAGCAUUUAACAGCAAAUCAUAAAAUAAGUGUAUAUCUUGUGUCAAGUUGGUCACAAGUGAGGAUGAAAUAUCAAGAUGUCAUGGGACCAUAUAAAUUACUGAGUAAAUAUUUCCGAACCUAUAAAUUAAUUUAACUUAAAUCACACAGUUGGCUGAUAUCCUGUCAUAUGUGUCAUGGUGGUUUUGUUUGGCAUCAUUGAAACUGCUUUUUUAAUAAACACGUCUUUUUAUA